GAUCCUGCCCCUGAGGGGACUGCAGCCGGAGGGAGGUUCUCCGCGGCGGACUCUGCAGAAGAAAGGACCCAGAGCGAGAGCUUUCUGACCUACGGGCUUUCAACCAGUCAGUGGGGCUUGUUUAAGGUGCCGAGUUUGCGGGCAUUCGUUAUCCACGCAUAGAAAAGGUAUCUCCAAGGGCAACUGUCUUUGCAUUGUGAGAGGCAGUGGAAACCUGUGUUUCUGUGUGUGUGUGUGUGUGUGUGUGUGUGAGCGUAUAAAUACAGCAGCAAGGCUGACCUUCCCUCGUCUCGUCUUUGUCAUUGCAGGUCGCCGAUCAGACGAGCCCAGCCCGAGCCCCUGCAUCUUGCGGCGCUGGGAUGGCCGAGGCCAGCGCGUCGCUCCCAGGCAAAGGUCGGGUCACAGGUGUGUCGGGUGAGGGAGGAGUGGUGCCCUUGGACCCCAGCCCCAGCUGCCUGGACCGAAUCCCGCGGGACCGAUUUGAGGAACUGAGGAAAGCCUGUGACGAGGAAGGCGAGCUCAGGCGUCAGGACGGCCCGCGUCCAAGGGCAGGUGAAGAGGCAGACUCCUCGUCACGUCCUCCUGCAGCCAAGAGACGGAAAGUGGCCACCAAGGGGAAGAGACCCGGGAAACGGGCAGUGGACGAAUUGGAGGCUCAGAAGAUGAGAACCCUCGUGUCUUCUAUGAGCCAGGAGCAGCUGGACCGUUACGAAGUGUAUCGCCGAUCAGCCUUCCCCAAGGCCACCAUGAAGCGUCUGAUCCAGACCGUGGCCGGCUCGACGGUGUCCCAGAACACGGUCAUUGCCAUGUCCGGAGUGGCCAAGGUCUUCGUCGGGCAGGUGGUUGAGGAGGCCCUGGACGUGUGUGAGAAGUGGGGGGAAACGCCCCCACUCCAACCCAAGCAUAUGAGGGAGGCUGUUCGGAGGUUACGCUCCAAGGGGCAAAUCCCCGGCAGCAAGCACAAGAAGAUCCUGUUCUUCUAGGCCAGAGCCAGCAAAGGCCUGUCGCUGAGGAACCAGUCCCGCUGGCAGAGCAGCCUCCUGACUCUGAGACUUUGCCCCACCCAUGCAGCUCCUGUAUCUCAGGCCACCGGGGAUUUCCCCAGGAUGGAUAAACAGAAGAAAAUUGGAGAGAGAAGAUCCACCACACCUCCAGCUGCUUCUCUGAAAAGACCAAGAACACCCAGAAGCCUCUAGAAAGCUGGAGGAAUCAUCAGAAAAGAGAGAAGACCCAGUGUACGCGUAUCAGAAACGAAACGUGAAACAUGGAACAUCACUCUGGAACCCGUGGGCAAUGGAAUUGUAAGAAAGGGAUGUUGUGAACGGUUCCGCGCCCAUCCAUCUGAUAAGCCAGAAGAAAGGAACCAAUACCUUGAGAGACACCCCCUGCCACAACACACCCACGAAGAAACAGACCUCUGCAAAGGCCUCUACCUGUCAUAGACAUUGAAUCUGUACUCAACAACCAUCCCUAUCCCAGAGUACCAGGCCCAGAGGAGUUCACUUAUGGAUUCUAGCAAACACUUAAAGCAGAAAUUAUACCGCUCCUCUACGAUCUCUUCCAGGAGGUGGGAGCUUAGGGAAUUCUUCCUAACUCAUACCAUGAGACCAGCCUUAGCUUCAUCCCGUGACCCAAGGCAUUCCCAGAGAACUAGACAUGACAAUCUCUCACACAGAGAGAUGCCAAAACCCUGAAUCACCUUUCAGCUAACCACAUCCAGCCAUGGGUAAGAAGAAGCAUAGAUGGCUGGAGUUAGUGAGACUGAUCCUAGGUAUCCAGGGAGGGCUCAGCCUUCAGACACCCUUGGAUGGGAUCCAUGACCCAUGCACAGGCCAAGGGAGAAAAAUCACAGGACCCUACCAAGAGAUAAGACAAAAGCCUCGGACAAAGUCCCACCCUCACCCACUCCUGAUCAAACUAGGAAGGCAGAGGACUGUAGCUUGAUCAGGAACCUCUUGCAAAGAGCUGCAGCUUGUCAGCACUCUUGCAAAUGGUGAGGAAGGAACUCGAAGCUCUCCCAGCAAGAUCCUGGGAAGAGGCAAGCAUCUGUCUUCUCAUCACUCGUUUCCUACCUGGGGCCGGAGGUCCUAGCUAAUGGCCGAGGUCAGGCAAAGUUUUAAAAGGCUUAGCGAUCGGGAAGAAAGCAUCAAAGCAUCUUCAUCUGUUUGCUGAUGGCCUAUCAGAAAGCAGCAGACUUAUGUACCUUCAUUCCCAUUGUACCCUGCAACCUUGCUAGGAUCAAUCACUUGUCAAUCCCAGGAGGGUUAUUUCCGCCCUGAGUUUUGGUCGAGUUUUUCUGGUUUUCCUACAUAAUGGUGUAGGAAAUCUGUUGAACCAACCCGCUUUGAUUCAUUCUUCCCAAGGCCUGUGCGUUUGAUUAGCUUGGCCUGACGUAGAGCAUCAGCUAGGACUGACGAUCUGAGAAAAGAACCCUCGUUCACUGCUGCUGAGAAUGUGAAACUGGACAGCCACUGUGAAUGGAUAGAGGGGCAUGCCCCGCGACAAAUUCAUCUCUUGAAGCCCAAACUGCCAAUGGGACUCUAUUUGGGGCUAGGGCCUUCAGCAGAGCAAAUACGGUCAAAGAAAGCACUCUGGCGAAUUAACAUAUACACACUACUAUAGAUAAAAUAGAUAACCAACAAGAACCUACUGUAUAGCAUAGGGAAGUUUACUCAACGUUUUGUAAUAACCUGUAAGGGAACACAAUCUGAAAAAAAUAUAUAUAAGUAUGUAUAACUGAUUCACUUUGCUGUACACCUGAAUCUAACACAGCAUUGUAAAUCUAUUAUACUUUUAUUUUUUAAAAAAAGAUCUCAUAACACAUUUGUAUUCCUGCCAGCGUGUUUGUCAAACCUCCAACAAAGGCAGCUCGUUAGUAGAAAUGAUCUCUUUGACCAUGUUAUAAAAUAUUUUUUCUUUCUUUUUAUUCCUAUUUCCUUAAACAUAUUUCAGUCACUGUGUAGAUUUUCUGCUUCCUUUAGUAGAUUAUGACUACCUUGAAGGAAGUAUAAGGUAUUUAUUUUAGGAUUCCCAUGGCCCUUAAGGAAAUGCCUUAAACAUAGAUACUCAUUGAAUCAAUCUCCUGUAACUUUUAAAUACUGAUUACUUCCUAUGUGGUAAUAAUUAGAUCAGAGCAGUUAUAGGGAUCUUAAUUAAUUUGGGGGUGGAGUUUUUUGUUACUUUGAAGUAGGCUAUUAAGGAUUGAUAACAAAACUUUUAACACAGUAAAAUAGAUAAAAAUAGACAUUAACAGAAAUAGCUUUAGACAUUAGUUUGUAAAUAAUAUGAAGCUCAUCCAUGAAAACUAGGUACUAUAACACUAUUGGUCAAUAAACUGACUUUAUUAUGUGAGUGAAAAUAUUUUCAAAAAGAUAAGUGAAACAUUUAGCUGAGUUUCUAUUUAAUUUUCUGCUACCAAUAUAUUGUGCAAGGCAAAAUAUCAAAUGCAAAAACAUGAUAUGGUGAACCAAAAAAAAAAAAAAAAAAAGCAAAACCUCUCUACUCUUUAUUUAUCCAUCCCAUUGCCUCUUUCCAGAAUGGUUUUCUGGCAGUUUUGAAGGUUAAGAAAAGCUACAUUGUAGGUAAUUAGCUCCUAGAUUCUGCUUUGUGGAAUCACUUUUUGGCCAAUGUUUAAUAGGUGCGGCAUUUAAAAAGUGCCUUUUAGCCAAAGAAGGUGGGAAAAUGAUGCAUACUUUAUAGUUCCUUUUGGGGGAUCACAAUAAUCGUUAGCAUAUUAAGUGAUACAGGAUGAUUUGAGGUACAAAUGAUCUGUUUAACUUUUUUAAUGCUGUUUCUUCCAUACUGAUUUGACUAUGAAGCGUGUUCUACCUCAUAUCAUCAAGCUAUUAUGUAUUAUUGUAUAUAUUUAAUCUGGAAUCAUGCAUGCAAAGACACACCCAUACAUACACACAUUGAAGAAUAGGCUUCCAGAGGUCAACUUUUUGGAUUUGCACAUUGGUACUGGCACUUGCUCUGUGACCUUGAAGAAGAUUUCUAACCUCUCAGUGAUUCAGUUUUCUUCCUUUAAAGUGAGGUUAACAGUAAUGUUGUGAAUAUUAAGUGCAUUAUUUCAUGUUAUGUGUUUAGAAAAGUACCUGCUAUAUAAUGAAUAUACAAUAAUGUCAGUUUCUAGAAUAAUUAUUAUUAUAUUAUUACAUUUGUUGAUAGCUUACUUUAAAAAAUGUGAUGUGUACAACUUUCUUUAUCUUACUUUCCUCAAUCAGUUAUCAUUUUAAAUCAAAUGAUUUACCUUAAGUCAAUGUCUUUAUAUUAUUCUAUGGUGUGAGUAUGUCAUAAAUCAUUCAGCCAUUCUCUUCCUAAUCAACUUAAAAAAAAAUUUCCAGUGUUUUACCAUUGCGAAUAAUACUAAAAUAAACAUCUUAUGUUUGUUUAUUA